GUGCCCGAAACGUUCAUUUCGUUUUCGAACUACGCUCAAGGACUGAGGAAUUAGGGGUUUCUCGUCGUUGCUCAUCCACUGGUGAUGCUCCUGUGGCCUGGCCGUGUGAUUUGAUUCUGAACUGCUACUCCAGCCGUUGGGGACAAUGGCGGAUCCCAGGCAAGUGGGAAUAGCUCGACGGGGACCGGCUCUGAUAUCUGAACGGCCAGUUGGCGAGAACAAUCACAAUGAUCUACGGAUAUGUGCUCUGGGAUUCUUUUAGAUCAGUAGUACUUCAAUGCACUGGAUCCAUGGCCGACGUGCAUCCUCCGUCGUAUGUGCUUCCAUCUGACGUCUUUUCAGGCUGAACAGAUGCAUUCGUACCGUACCGCAUUGAAAGAAACUGGCCGGGCGUGUAUCAAUGAUCUACGCUGCUAUCUGUUGCAUGUCACUGCCCCCGUCAUACUGUCGUGUUGUCGCUCGAGUUUUCGUACAUAAACAUGGCGGCUCUCGACAUCUGGCCCUGGGUUCGCGUCUAUCAUUGCCGCCUUCGCCAUGCCAUCAUGCUCGUUCACCCUCGCCUUGACGUCCACCAGCCGGAGGUACUCCUACGCCUGCGGUCCCGUGUUUCGCUCUGGCUACCGUCCCAGGGUACUCGAUGCUCGAUGACCGAUACUCAGCCUCUGAUACACACCGCUCGUUAUUUCGAGUCUCAGCUCCCGACGCUCGUAUCGGCUGUUGCAUCUCCAGUAUCCCAGUCGACCUUGUCGAUUUGACAUCGUAGUUCCUAGCGUCACUUAUCAGGCCUUCGGCGGGUUCACGAAACCGCGCGGUCUUGUAGGUGGUGUAUCACUCUUGACGUUGUAAGCUGGCGCGAUGGCAGCGCUGUGUAGGAUGAACGUCGAUAACGUCGUGUGUUACUCGCAACCGCGAGGCGAUAAAGUGGGUUGUGUCGGGCGACGCGCGACGUCUAUCAUCCACGGUACCGGGUACCGGGUGCUGUCACAGGUUACCCCGCACGCGCUGACCGUAGGUCCUUCAGUCGAGUACUAUUACAGAAUUCUGGUACUUUGCAUGUGCGAGACAUGUAUCGAGCAACUGUGUUUCAUUUUAAAGCAACGUCGUGCUGAAUUCCAUAA